UUUCUGACACAUUCAUCUCAUAAUAAAAGUUUUCUUCUCCCUCCCCUGCCUGGCUAGCUGGGUUUUGAAAAUUACAGGCUAGGGCCUAGAUAGAGGACCGUCUAUCAUUCGGGAAAAAGAGUGUAACGUUAGUAUGCGAUGGCGUCUGCCGCAAUUCGCUCAGAUGAAAUGGUCAAAGACUAUUUAAUUUUCCGUGGUUUAACGAACACAUUAAGGACAUUCGAGGCAGAAUUGAAGGUGGAUAAGGACAAGGGCUUUCGGAGCAAUCGCAUAGUAGAGCAGUUACUAGCCUUCAUAAACCUCUAUGACUUGAUGGGUUUGCGAAACUACUGGGAUCACUUGGAAAGGAGGUUAUUCAGUCGCCUAGAGUCUGCCUACAGUAGUAAUGUUAAACGCCUACAGCUAAGUGUUUUGAGAUUGUACAUAGUGAAUGCAGUUCAAAAUGGCAAACAGGAAAGAGUCUUAGAAUUUUUUGACAAACUUUCUAAUGAACUGCAGAAUGCAAUUGAAUGGAAAGAAUGGUUUAUUCUACCAUUUUUAAGAAACCCAGAACAGCAACCGACUUUUGAAUUAUACUUCACUAAGCAGUGGCAGGAAACACUUACCAUCUCACUACAAAACUUUCUGAGUGUUAUAUUUCAAUCGAUGCCUCUUCCUACUCUAUUGAACUAUGACCUAGAACAACAAAGGAUGAUUAAACUGCAGGAAGAGAACAGCAGACUAAGAAAUCAGCUUGCACAGAAAGAAAGGGAAAGAAUCUUAGUCCCAACUGGUUCCGUUCCAACCGAGGAAAUUGUGGAUGAUUCCUCCACUUCGAAAAGUGAGAACAGCAAUGUAUCGAAAUUAAGCAGUAGGCUUUACAAGAAGACUGCCUCACCACUGCCAAUUCGAAAUCCACCCUCAACCACAUCAGUAAACAUUGCCAAAUCAUUACCAAUACCUUUGGCGAAGUCAACAAGUGUGAAACAGAGCUCCGGUAAGAAGGAUGAAGAUGUAGGCCAAGCAAAGACCAAGCGAGAUGAGGGCAGUUCUCAGGGAGGUAGAGAUGUACCAAAGUCCACAGCUAGACAACAAUCAACCCAGGUUUACCAGAAAGAGAGGCAACAAUUGUUUUCUAAAGUUCCUGAACUGUCUCCAAGUAAGGACACUCAAGAUAACUUGAAAGAUAGUACAAAAUUACAAGAGGGCUCUAGAUAUCAAGAAGUUGCUAAGUCUCAAGAAAUUCCUAAACAUCAGGAAAGCAUGAUAGAUACACCAUCAAAUGAAUCUAAAACAACAGGAGCUGAAUCAUCAGGAACUGACAUCGAAGGUAAAGUCCAAUCAUCUUCUGCCAUUGGAAGUCCCGCAUACAGCAGUGAACAACCAUUUCUUGUGCUUAGUCAGGAUGAGUAUAUUGAACACCACUCAGCUGUCACCGUUUGCAAGUUCUCUUCAUCCGUUUCCAUGGUGGCAAGUGCAGACAUUGAUGGAGUUGUCAAAGUUUGGCGGUUUUCUCCAUGCCCAUCUACAGUUGCAACAAUCAUGUCCAAAAGUCCAUUAUUGUCAUUGGAAUGGGCUUCCAAAACAGACAGACUUUUAUUACUGGGAAGUUGUAGUGGUGCUGUUAAAUUGUUUGACACAACAUCAAAGCGUACAUUGUGUGAAGCUGAGACUGAUCCAUUAUAUCCUAGGAUCCAGUCAUUAACUUGUAGCCCCAAUGACACUGCAUUUGUUUGUUCAGCUACACAGAAGCAGACAGACUUUUCGUCUUCUGAGUUGUACAUUUAUCCAGAAAGCAAGCUGAUGGUUUGGGAUAUGAAGCUUAUGAAGUUACAGAAAGAGCUCCCUCUGCUGUCCAAUUCAGGCUGUAUUAACUGUUGUUCGUAUAACCAUAACGGUCACCUUUUGAUAACCGGGUUUUCAGAUGGAAAGAUUCGAAUAUUUGAUAUGCAGCGAUAUGAAAGUCUUUUGAGCUGGAAAGCCCAUAAUGGACAAGUGUUUUCAGCACAGUUUAGCCCAGAUGAGAACUCGGUAUACAGUAUGGGUGAAGAUGGCAAAUUUUGCCAGUGGAGCAUUCAACAAGUUGGUCAGAAAAUAAAUGAUUUAGCAAUACACAAUGGCGCAACCGGCCCAUUCAUAGUGUCUGGCUAUGGAGGUUAUAAACAAGAACAAAUUCCGAAUGGAAAGUUAUUUGCCUUUGACCCAAGUGGGAGCCAUGUGAUGACAUGUGCAUCGAAUGGAGCUGUUAUUUACAAGAUUGAAGAGGACAAAUUUGAAUCAACAUUAACAAUCCUGGGUCAUAAAACACCAGUGGUCAGUGUAGACUGGGGAAGUACUAUGAACACAGGAAUGUGCUUGACUGGGUCAAUGGAUGGGCGUCUAAGGGUCACCAUGCUGUUAUCGCACUAGCGGUCAAAUUCAUUCCAAUUAACAAUUAUCAUGGUUACAAAAAUGAGAUAGUUACGGGAAUAGCUAACAUUUUUGCACGUCUUUUUUCAAACUAGAAGGUUUUAAUUAACUUUUCAGUUGGAUGUCAUAUGAAUUUAUCAUGGAUUUAGGAAUAAUUGGCAGGUAUUGGCAGAAAGGUAUUGGCAUAGAUUGUAUGAGCAAUGGCAACGCAAUUUGUAUGCAUGCUACAUAUAUUAUAGCCUAGUCAGCCUAGCUGACAGUAACCACUUUAUGUGUGUAUGUGAUUCAUCACUUCUGGUUUCUGGUUUAUGUUCCAGAGGGCUAGAGUACAAGUUACUGUAAAUAAUACCUCCAUGCUAUGAUGCAAAGUGUAUGGUGACAAUAGUAUCAUAUCCUAAAUCAUGUUGGAAAAUCCAGGACAGUGGUGGCGGCAGGGGGGAAUUUGCCCCGUCAGAUAGGCCUGGACCACCCUGUCGUCCGACGCAACAGUUAGGUUGGAUCAAAAGUUAAAAAAAUAAUAAUUUGCCUAUCCAAUUAACGUUAUUCUUGUUGCCAAUCCCUAAUAAUAUGUUCUAAAAUAAGCACAAUUUGGACCAUACAAAGCCAUACAAAUUAUUCCCGUGCACCCUAACAGGCAUUUUUUACAUCAGCCAAGGCUCUAGUCGCCCCCUUGGUUUGGACCCCUCCGUUGCCAUAUCAGACCUCUCGUCGGAAAAUUUUUGGAGCCACUGCUGAUCCGAGAUAGCCUAUGAUUUGUGUAAAUUUACAAGGUCACCAUGCUUCUGAGCAAACAGUAAGUCGUGGAAGCCUCCCGGAAACCAGGACGGCCUCCUGAACUUCCGCAAGCAAGCAAGAACCUGCUGGAAAAUAACCUGUCCACCACAAAUUUGUAUUAAUACUUUAAUAUUUUUACUACUUUAUCAUUAAUUAUGUCGAUGCCAUUUAUAUCACCAUGCGCUGCAAAAUAAGAAACAAGAAAGCUCAUUCAACUAGAUCUCCCGGAAGAGACUUCAUCCAAAACCUGCAUAGUUACCAACCAAAGCCAACCACGCACUUAGUAUAAUCUAGUAGUCGCAUGCGGUCUUGCGCGGGCUGCAACCCGGGCCCCUACUGAGGUUCCACUUGGGAGCCCUGGAGGCCCCGCCCCCUUACCCCACCCAACUGGUAUAGUCACGCAUUUAAAAUCUGUCAACUAUGAGUUUGAACCCCUACAAAAACAGCUAAACUCAUGUCUAGUGGACAAAACAUAGAUAAUUGUGGAUUGAGUUUUAAGUAGUGGAUCAUAAAGCCAUUUACAGUUUAGGCGAGACUUUUUUUUAUACCUUGUUUAACGAACCCUCCGACUGUCAGUUAGCGCAUACUCUGCCACGAAAAAAUGGAAGCUUCAUUAAAAACAUAAAUUUAUACUUUUUUUUAUUAUGUCUUUCGCUCCUCUGAAGUCUUGAAAAAUAAGAUAUAUAUUUCAUACUUAAUUAUAUAAAGUUAAAGCAUUUAUCCAUCUCAUUACUACUCUUGUUAAAAUUAAAUUUUUAUUUUCUCUUCCACCUAAAUGGUUUUGGCAAAAUCAUUUUGCUAAAAUGAGGAAACAACAUUUUAUUUAAUUUUUUUUUUCAUCCCUCCUCUGACUAACUUAAAAAUAAAGAAAAGUUCGCGAAAAAAGGUAUAAUAAAAGUCUCGCCUUAUAGGUUAUAUCUCAAUGCCAAACCAUAACUAACAAGCUUGUUAAUCAACUGUUUAGAUUCUUAAUGAAAAAAAUAUAUAUAUUGCAGUGUUAAAGAAUAGUAUAUAAUAUGCUAAACUUUAUUAUUUCAAAUAAUGUAUGGUAUGCAAUGAUGCUGUAAGCACCAUUCAUACAUAAUCAAAAUUGUUGUAUUGUUAUUAAAACAUGUUUCAGUUUUCUAAAUUGAAUAUUUUGUUUAUUUUUAAAAUUCUAUCAAAAUUUAGAAUAUUUUUAUAUAACUUAGCAUAAUUUUAUGUAUUUAUGUCUGUUUAUUUUGCUGCCGGUAAUGUAUUAUUUAAAAUGGAAUUUAAUAUACUUUUUUGUAUAUACAUAUAUUUUAUGUCAGAUUAUGCAAAAUGUAACUAUGUCAAGUGUCGAAAGAAAAGUGUAUUGAAGCAUUUAUUCUGCUUUCAAAGAAUUUAUCAUUCAAAAAUUUGCUGUGACAGAUGGUCAUGUGCAAGAAUAAAAUACAGGUAGUUGGUGAUCAACUAUUUUGCUGUACACUAUGUGAUGUUAUACAGUAGUUUAUAAAAGGUUUCAAGUUGCUGGUCAUUGGAAAGGCUUCGCCAUUAAAGAUAAAAACAAUAGGCAAGCAUGAAUACGGAGCAGUCUGAAGAACUACGCAAGUGAAAUGAAAUCACACAAAUGAUCGCAAAUGAAGGGGAAUUACCCUAACGAAAACCCAAAUGAAUUGAAACCACCCAAAUGAAAGGAAUUUACCCAUACCCAAAUGAAAGAAAAUUACCCAUACCCAAAUUAAAGGAAAUUACCCAUCCAUACAGAGGAGCUUUCCCGUUUUUAAUAUAAAAGGGAAUUAGCAAAAUUAUUGUUUGUUCUAAAGGGGAUUUUUGAUAUGCCAUUGAUAAUAGAAUCAACAUCAAAAUCGUUUUUUUUUUUGGCAAUUUUAUUUAAUGAAGUUAUAGGCCAUUAUAUACGAUUUUGCCGUGACGUCACUUGUGGAAAAAGUAACAAAAAUCGUAAAUAUCGUGUAGGGUAUCCGCCGAGUACGUUCUUUGCGUGCAUGCUGUAACCAUGGCUGUAACUAUUUUGUUGACAACUACUCUUUUAAUGUGUGUGAAUUAGAUGAUCCAUAUAAACAUGCAAUUCGUGUAGUUACUGGUUUUGGUUUGUAUUGUGGAGUAUACUAUUUUUUGGGCUUCAUCAUAAAAAAAAUAAGUCUUAUAAACAGAAAUAAAAGUUAAGGAAAAAUAAAAGAUAAGAUACUGAA